UUCCAAUCCCCUCCAUAUCAUGUGAUUCAGGUGUUCCAAUCCCCUCCAUAUCAUGUGAUUCAGGUGUUCCAAUCCCCUCCAUGGCCACAGGUGUAUACAAUCAAGCCCCUAGGCAUGCAGGCGGCUUCUACAAACAUUGGUGAAAGAAUGGGUCACUCUCAGGAGCUCAGUGACUCCAAGCGUGGUCCCGUGAUAGGUGGCCACCUGGGCAAUAAGUCCAUCCGUGACAUUUCCUGGCUACUAAAUAUUCCACGCUCAACUGUUAGUGGGAUUAUAACAAAGUGGAAGCAACUGGGAACAACAGCCACUCAGCCACCAAGUGGUAGGCCACGUCACAUGACAGGGUGCAAAAAUGUGCACAUGUGCAUAGGUGCAUGGCAUAUAAUCACGCAUCUUUGUGCGCGAAAGUGCACUUGC